UACCCCAUGGCAGGGAUCUCAUUCACGCAUGAAAAAUGACCACAGCUGCCACUUCAAACGCAGCAGAUUUGUAUGUUUCUCUCCGUACCACAACAACCUGGAGGAGAGACAGCGCCACUACAUCACUGCCCCUGCCUCCUCUCAGCGCUGGGAGCCAUCCAUCCCCUUCUCCUCGUCUCUGGUAGCAGAUGGUGGGAACGGCGCAGCAUCCACCGGCCACCACAACAAUAGACCGACGCAGCGAGUCCAGACGGCGCGGGCUUCGCGGCAUCAUGCUCCCAUCGCGGGACUCCGCGCGCCGCCGUGAUUGAUUUCACGCGGUCCCAGUCACGGAGGAAGCUUCUUGUGACUGUUCGGGCUCUCCGUCGAGCUGCAUGGGAAGAUGGCCGCUAUGAAAAUAUUAACCAGCGCAGGGCUCUUCCUGGCUCUGUGCGCGCUGGGGCUCCUCACCAUGGCGAUCUGCACCGACUAUUGGUACGAGACGGACGCGCGCAGGCACCGGGAGAGGUGUAAAAACUAUGCCAACAAGCGAAACGACCCGGGCUACAUCUACAUUUCCAGCCACAACCUGCCCCUCCAGAUGCCUCCAAAGAGCCUGGAGUGGAAAGGUACCGGCCCGGAUGCUGCUCCCCUCAUCAGGGGGAAGCGGCACUUUCUGGCCGCAGCCUCCGCCAUGGAGUCUCACUGCAGCCGGCAGUUCAACUCCACCAUCUCCGGCCUGUGGAGGACGUGUCACCGGGAGGGAUUCGACCUGGAGACCGACGACCUUAUUUACAAAGGAAAAAUCCAGAGAUGCACUCCUGUCAAAUAUCACUACUCCUCGUCCAUCCUUCCACGAAAUUUACCCACUGAUAUUACAAAGACCAUACGACAGGAUGAGUGGCACGCACUCCAUCUACGAAGAAUGACGGCCGGCUUCGUGGGCAUGGCUGUGUCCAUCAUUCUUUUUGGCUGGAUCAUCGGAGUGCUGGGAUGCUGCCAACAGCAUGACCUCAUGCAAUAUGUAGCUGGGCUACUCUUUCUCAUGGGAGGAACGUGCUGCAUUAUCUCUUUGUGCACAUGUGUGGCGGGAAUCAACUUUGAGCUGUCCCGUUACCCCCGCCACAUGUACGGCCUCCCCGAGGACAUUAGCCAUGGCUAUGGCUGGUCCAUGUUUUGUGCCUGGGGGGGACUCGGCCUCACAUUGCUUGCCGGCUUCCUCUGCACUCUGGCUCCUUCUCUGAGCACGCCCGCUCGCACAACGACCCACAAGCCGAGGCAAGAGAACGGAACAGUGUGACACAGGCGUGUCCGACCCACCCAACGCACAAACCACACCCUUCCAACUUUGAUGUUUAACUCUGAAACUCUUUUUCGUCAAACUACCAUGUCACCCCCCCCACACACCUCGCAAUGUUCGGCGUGCCUGAGUUGUGACGGAAGCAGCAAAAGUCAUGACAAGCUCCUCACAUCUGAUCUGGAAAAAGCGCGGACGGACCUGCAGAAGUGACAACACAGCAGCAUCUGAGCGGGGAACAAACAGGACUUUUUCUUUCAGUUCUUUGCCAUCUGAAGGGACUGUCUUCUCAGAAGCGAAUUUGUCUCAAAAUGGUGCUUUUUUUAAAAACAAAAAACAAAAAAUGAAGCCACACUCACUCCAACACACUCGAGCAGAGACACCUGCUUAUGCACACGAGCUCCAGAGAGACCAUGAGGGAAAUCCUGAGAAAAUCCAACAAACAAACAUCAGGUCCAAGUGUCCUGUCAGCAGUUCUAUUUCAUUCAGUGGCGUGUUAAUGUUUAAACAAAAAGUGCUGACAGUGACUCUUUACUGCUUGACUUUAGUGAAGCACAAUAACUGACAUAAAACAUUAGUUUGACGUGUACAGUCUCUAAUGGAUCUCGAGAUAAAAAGAGUAAAUCUGCCUUGAAAACAAAUUCUAUUUGUACAAAUGCAUCUGUGUAGAUUAAACUCAUUGUGUAAAGUAGGUUUUUUAUUAAUAAGAGAGUUUUUUUUUUCUUUUUCCUUAAAUAAUGUCAGUUGACAGAUCAAGAUAUGAAGAUACUUGAGUUUUAAGUGAAGCAAACAGAUUUUUUUGGGUGAACAACUUGAAAAAAGCAUGACAUGUUCCGUGACGAUGUCGCUGUGCUUUAAAUGCUCAGUCAGUCUUCAGAUUUCUGCUGAACCAAACACUUGAGUUUGUGGAGGAUCUGCGUACUAUAAGUAAACAGAAUCUGGAUCCUCCUCAUGACAGCGAGUAGGCAGGUUAUGAUGCGAUACAGAGUUAGAGAUAACAAUGCUAAGAAGUACAACAUUUUAUCAAAGAAUUACAAUUCAACAAAGUCACAUAAAAAUAUUUAUCAUGGAACUAAGGCUUCUUUGAAAAUAUAUGUUUAAUCAGUCAAAACCAUAUUUGUUAUUCAAAUUGUUCAAGAGUUCUUCAAAAGUUAUUUUAUUUUGAAAUCCCAAAUUUUCCAGUGACUCAUUUCCAUCUUAAUUUUUCUUUUUUUUUUUUUUUUACAUUUAAUUAACAUAUUUUUGUUGAAAUGACACGAUUGUAAAAAAUGUAAAAAAAGCAGCAAAUUUUGCUAUUUUUUUCUUUUUAUUUCGUCUUUGGUUUAAUUUUUUUUUCUAAAUCAGGUCUCAAAAAAAAAGCACAACUAUUUGACUCCUGCAACUCUCUCUAAAAACAGCUUAAUUAUUAGUAUUUUCUUAAAAUCCACACACUUAAAAACACCAGUCUAGAUCCCUGAAGUUAAAUAUUUCCAUACUAGACAGUUCCGUAAUGAAAGGUCACUGACACCAAUCAAGUUCAGCACAAAAGAUGAGACAUUUUCUAUUGAAUAAGAUAGCAACUCUUGGGGGGCAUAUUCUAAAUAUUGUAUUUAAAAAUAUAUUAAAAAAAAGAACAAAAAAACACUUGAAAGUGGAGUGUAGCGUGUGGGUCUUCAAAAUGUUCCAUAGGGAAAUCUUCGAUUGUCCUGACGACAGUUUUAGGCGAUAAUACCAACAGAAAUGUUUUGAAUUUUAUUGUCUCGUAGUCGGAAGUACUUUAUUUUGAUAUGAGGAUUCACCACGAGUUAAUGAUGUGUUUAUAUGUCUUGAUUGCCUGAGAUAAAUCAGGAGAUAUUUUAUCAACUAUGUCAAUUAACUCUCUGAGAAAAAAAGAACAAAAAAACAAAAGAAAUAAGGUAUUGUUGUGUGUUAACAACACUGUGUGAUGUUUGGUCCUCUCACCAUCACCAUUAAGGAAAUCAUUUGAGGCAUGAAAUCUUCAAUGUCUUGUUGAAUCUUUGCACUUUGCUCCAUCUCAUGACGUCAGGGUGUGAAACAGUUAUACAUUGUAUGCUUGCAGGGAGACACAAGUGCAAAUGACGGACAGUACAACAAGCAAAUGGUGGUGUGUUUUCACAAAGAAAUCUUCUUAAAAGUCCAUAUUCCUAGGCUCUUAUUUUGAAAAGAAUCAGACAAAUAUUGUAGGAAAACAUGAACAAAACUUCUACACGUAAGUGUUAUUCAAAGCAGUAAAAUGUAUUGUGUGUACUUGAUGCAAGUGUGUUGUGAAGACACACAAUGUUGAGACUUUUUUUUACUUUUACUUUGUACGUGUGUAUUAUUUGAAAUACUUGAUAUUUUAAGUACUGAAGCUCCAUUAGGAGAGGUCCAAAAGUAUUACAUAACUAAACCUUUAAGUGACACGUUUGCCCCUUUGUAUUUCAAGUGAUAAAGUUUGCAUUUGCAGAUUGAAAAUACUAGUUUGAUUCAAACAAAUGAGGUCAGAAACAGCAUUUAAAAAAGAGUUGGAGGGGGGAGGGUCUGCAUAAGUGGGGAGGUUGGGGGGACUUCCUGUUUCAUGAGAAACAUUGUACAGAGGGAAAUGCCCUACAAAAAUGUCACGGUUGACAGUGGCAUCUGUUUCAAGAGCACGCCUUUUGUUUCUCCAAGUCAUUUGUACUGAGUGCAUCCACGUCAGGUGUUGUGUGAGGAUAAUAAAGACAUUACAGUCUUGCAUGAUCUCAUUCAAACUAGUUUCUUUAAAAAGAUAUUAAAGAGGAAAAAAAAUCGUGUCAAUUUUUCAUUAAUUUAUUUUAUUGAAAUAAAAAUAUGUAAUUACUACGAUG